CGCCUUUUUAAAUGAACGGAAGUGUGUAGGGAAAGAAUUUGAUGUGAAACCUGUAAUAUUUUGUUUCUCUUUGACAGCAAGAGCGGCCGGAGUUUGGAUUCCAAUGAAGUAAAAAUGUCUGUGGAACUGGAUGUUUUUGUGGGUAAUACCACAAUUAUGGAUGAAGAAGUAUACCAGUUGUGGCUCGAUGGAUAUACAGUGAGUGAUGCAGUCAGCAUUCGUAUGAAGAGUGGUAUAUUGGAGCAAUUUGGCACAACUGAAGAUGUACUGGAGAGUGACACAAUGGACCAUUAUCGCACUUUUCAGAUGACUGAGCGCCUAUUACACCACCCUUCUAAACUGGUAAACCAGGUCCUGUUCCAGAUUCCCCCACAUAGGCAGGCGAUGCUCAUCGAGAGAUACUAUGCUUUUGAUGAGGCAUUUGUGCGGGAAGUUCUUGGGAAGAAAUUGUCCAAAGGUACUAAGAAGGACCUUGAUGAUGUUAGUGCCAAAACUGGCAUCACCCUCAAAAGUUGUCGCCGCCAGUUUGAUAACUUUAAACGUGUAUUCAAAGUGGUGGAAGAAAUGAAGGGCCCACUUGUGGAAAAUGUACAGUGCAACUUUUUACUUUCUGACAAGCUUGCCAGAGAUUAUGCGGCCAUUGUGUUCUUUGCCAAUAGUCGUUUUGAGACUGGUAAAAAGAAACUGCAGUACCUGACAUUUGAAGACUUUGCAUUUUGUGCUUGUCAGCUCAUUCAGAACUGGACUGUGGGUGCUGUGGAUAACAUGGUAGAAGAUAUGGAUGUGGAUUUAGACAAAGAGUUUCUACAAGACCUGAAAGAUCUUAAAAUCCUUAUUACAGAUAAGGAUAUGCUGGAUCAGCAUAAGAGCCUGGUCUGCACUGGCUUGAGAGGGAAAAUUCAGGUUUUUAAUGAAAUGGAAGGGAACUUUAAGAAUCUCUCUAGAGGUCUAAUAAAUAUUGCAGCAAAGCUGACCAACACAAAAGAUGUUCGUGACUUUUUCAUUGACCUUGUGGAGAAGGUUAUAGAACCUUGCAAAGCAGACAGAUGGCUAAUAAGUGAUGUGCGGGCUUUCCUUACUCAGUAUACAAACUCUGCGAGGGCACUUGAUGGCUUUAAGUACGUACAAUCUAGUUAAUUGUUACUGACUUUA